AUAUUAAAAAUACAAUCUUCAAAUUCAAAGUUUAAAAAAAAUCCUUUUUUUUUGUGUUGUCAACGUGAUAAAAAGCCCUAUGUCAGAUGACAGAAAGUUGCGUCUUACAUUUCGAGUAACAUAUUACGUUGUAAGGACUAUCUGUCAGUUAAUGCUAAAAUUACCUGAAGCCAACGACUUAAAAGAAAUUAAAAGAAAUACAACUAAAAGACAAUGAGCGCAGAACAGGAGUACGGGCACAUCAAAAUGGAGAAUGUUAAGAAAAAAAAUAUGACUAGAAUUUUACAUAUGAGAUAGAAUUUGUAUUUCUAAAUGGAUAACGAUUCAUAAUUUCGUAAUUUCUAGCUCAAAUGUGAAUUUCUAGAUUUAACUUAUUUUGAUUAGACAAGAGUUUAUGAUUAGGCAAUAUUUAUGAUAUAGUGCGCAACUGCUAAAUACCCCCCACUCACACACACACUCACACACACACACACACACGCAAACAAGCAGCAAUCACAGUUCGUUCUAGAUACUUCAAUACUAUUGACUAGCCGCCUUGCUGUCACACAGCUGCCGCCCGCAGAUCUGAGUCCAGAGAGCAGCUGAGAGAGAGCUUUGUCUGCCUGUGUAAGCGAGAGAGAGAGAGAGAGAGAGAGCGCGCACACACAGACGUUUGCUCAGCAGCCUGGAAGCUGCAGCCCACAAAAUGUCCCCGUUAGUAACAGAAAACUAUUGAGAGCAGUCAGGUCUAGGCUGAGUAGCUUGGGCCAGAGUCGAGUAGGCUGUAUGGGCGAAUCAUCAAACGAAAUUUAAUUAAAACAGCAAACGCGGCAGCUAAAGCAAUAAUAAUAACAAAUAUAUAAUUAACGAAAAUGGCACAAAUCAUGCUAAAUGGUGCUAAUGCGGCGAAUUCGGCGAAUAAUAAUGGCAGCGUUGAGGAGAAUGAACCUUAUCCAAUCAGCGACGAUGAGCUGGACGACCUGGACGACGACUGCCUGCUGGAGGAGACGGAGCUGUCGGGCGGCGUGAACAGCAUCGGACGCGGUCCGUACGAGCGCGCCUGGACGACGGAGGCGACACGCGCCCUGAUACACAUACGCGGACCCAUGGAGGGCAGCUUCACGGAGGGCAGACAGAAGCGGACGGCGCUGUGGCUGCACUGCACCCGCCAGCUGCAGCGCUUGGGCUUUCGGUACAGCGCCGCCAAGGUGCAGAAGAAGUGGCACAACAUACUCAUCACCUACAACAAGAAUCUGAACAAGAAAUAUGUCUCCGGCUAUGUGCACUGGGAGUUCUUCGAGGAGAUGUUCAAGUACUUGCAGGGCAAGAAAGCGGACUUCGAUAUGCAGCUCCAGCCGGCGGGGGCCUCGGUGCAGGUACAGCCACAGCCACCGCAGUCGCAGCAACAGCAACAAUCGCAGCUGCAGCUGCAGCCGCAACAGGAACUGCUGCAGUACCAGAAGAAGCCAACGACGCCCCAAUUGCAGGACACACAGCCCUAUAUAACGCCCGUGGAUCAGGUGCUGCUGCAGCCGCAGGUGCAGCUGGACAGCAAAUCCAAUGACGAGUUCGACGAGGACAGCAACAGCCUGUCCGAAGUGCGCCAGCCCAAGCUCGAGUACGAUGCGGACCAGACGGGCAGCACCAUCCAGGAGCGGGAGAACGACAGCCACGAAAUGGCGAUGGCGCCCAGCGGCAAGUUGUACGAGCAGCCGCCGCCGGCGGCGGCGUCGGACGAUGCCUGGUGGAAGGAUUACUUCGAGCGCAAGCUGGACGUGGAGCGCGAGAAGAUGGAGCUGCAGCGCAGUCUGCAGCGCGAACAGGUCCAAAUCCAGAAAAUGUCCCUCGUCCAGCAGGAGCGCAUCGAGCGCAUGAAAAUCGAUGCCAUCAACUGCCUGACCGCCACCUUGCAGAAACUCGUCGAGGCCAAGUGCCGGCGCGCCUAGCCCAGAAGCGGGUGCUCCACCAGGCCAAGAUUCAACUAAACUCAGUAUUAUUUAAGUUCCAUGCAUAUCCGGCGUAUUCUGAUCUGUAAUCCUCGUCUCUCUCUGUGUAAAUACAAUUUGGGCAACAACGUGACAAGCA